CCCCAAUUCACUCACAUUCAUUCAUCCCUUUCAUCUCUUGAUCUUCAUUCACCUCUUUCCCAAUCUUUCAAACCAAUCAACAAUGCCUCCAACAAAGGCAGAGAAGAAACCCGCGGAGAAGAAGCCCGCAGAGAAAGCUCCAGCCGAGAAGAAACCAAAAGCGGAGAAGAAGAUCUCAAAGGAAGGAAGCAGCGACAAGAAGAAGAAGAGAACGAAGAAAAGCGUUGAAACCUACAAGAUAUACAUCUUCAAGGUUCUGAAACAGGUUCAUCCUGAUAUCGGUGUUUCAAGCAAGGCUAUGGGAAUCAUGAACAGUUUCAUUAACGAUAUCUUUGAGAAACUCGCUCAGGAAUCGUCUCGUUUGGCUAGGUAUAACAAGAAGCCGACGAUUACUUCUAGGGAGAUUCAAACUGCUGUUAGAUUGGUUCUUCCUGGAGAAUUGGCUAAACAUGCUGUUUCUGAAGGGACUAAGGCUGUUACCAAAUUCACCAGCUCUUGAUUUCAUUAUUUUCUGUUUAUUCCCUUUUUCGUUGAUUUAGUGUUUAGUUUAUAAUAAAUUGAUGUUUAAAUUUUUUUUUAAAUGAAGAAUGUAGAUUUAUAAUGGUGGAUUUGAAUUUUAAUGUUCCUUUCUUUAUUUGUGGUUUUCGUGAAUAAGAUUAUUAUGACUCUUUUUAAAA